GAUGCCAGGCAUCUCUCUUUCUCCUUCUCUGACAGGACCAGCACCCACCCUGGCUAGGGUGCCCAUGCAGAGGUGCCAACUGGGCACUGGCAGCCUGAGAGAACGGCUCCCCAGAGCUUGAAGGAGCCCGGCAGUGGGAAGUUGGCACCGGAACGGCGGUGGCAGCAGCAGCAGCAGCAGAAGGGCACCGGUAUGUCUGGCGAGAGCGAGGAGAUCACCCGCCUCCGCAAGCCGCGCUUCUCCUACGAGGAGAACCAGAUCCUGAUCCAGGAGGUCCGUGCCAACUACGCCAAGCUGUACGGCACCCAGAGCCGGCGGGUGACGGUGGCCGAGCGUCGGAGGGUGUGGGAGGGCAUCGCCGCCAAGAUCAACAGCAUCACCAGCUGGAAGCGGACCGGGCAGGAGGUACAGAAGCGCUGGAAUGACUUCAAGCGCCGCACCAAGGAGAAGCUGGCGAGGGUGCCCCACUCCACGCAGGGGGCCGGCAGCGCCUGCGACGAGACCUUCUCGGCCGAGGAAGAGACCAUCUUCGCCAUCCUGGGGCCCGGCGUGAUGGUGGGGGCGGGCGGGGCGGAACCCGGCUCCUUGCAGAACACGCCGGGGUUCGCCACCCCCAGUUACCGGCUGGUGGCUGAGCAUGGCGCAGACAUGCCAGCCAGGGGCAACCUCUCUUGCAGCCCGGAGACUUCUGCGCGGACUUCCUGCUGCACCCUGAACGGGGGUCUACUGAGGCCCAAGGAACGCGACUCGCCGGCGCCCCCUUCGGCCCAGCCCGCCUCGCUGCAGAUCAUCCAAAUGGCACCUUCUCCGGCCAGCUUAGGCUGCAGGCCGCACCCAGAGCACUCCCCUGCGGAGCCGCUGGGCAGCACCCCGUGCCCCUCCGCCUCGCCACCCCUGCGGCGCCGGCGCACCCGCCUCGACUUGCCCGCCGAGCCCCCUCUGGACUUCUUGCAGGCCCAGCGGGAGACGGCCGAGGCCGUCCGCGAGCUGACCUACACCCUGCGGCAAGGCCUGGAGCGGCUCACCGACGUGGUGGCGGCCUUGCUGCCCCUCCUUCCGGCCCAGGCAAACGGCCUGCUGCCCCCGCGGGGGGAGAGCCCGAGCCCCGUGCCGCCAGCUCCUUCCUCGGUGACCCCAGCGCCCAGGGGCACCUUCUCCACCAAGGAGGAACCAUCCCCGGAGAGGGGAGAGGGCGAGGGGGGCCCUGUGCCGGAGGAAGGCCAGCCUGCGGCCAAAAGCGGGCCGUCCCUGUGCCAGGCCCCUGCGCCCCAGAAGCGGAGGAAAGGGAUCCCCACUCGGAAACGCAGGGGGCGCUGGAAGAAUUUGUGAGCACUGCCAAGGACCUGGUGCUGACUUUGCCCCCUAUGGAGGGGGGGGGGACACACAUGGGGCCGAUGCCCAGCGAGGGGAAGGCUCCGAACGACUUCUCUCGACGCUCUGCCCCAAAGGGAUCUCCAAAGGUUGUUCGUUUCUUUGCAAAACACAGUCCAGACCCACCCCCCGGACCCUGUGGUGUUUGUUGCAAGGGGUCUCCACCACCCCACCCCCCCCAGGCCAAAGGCAAUAGCCUGUCAGUUCUCGAGAAACACCCCCCGCCACCCGGUUUUUGCAGCCCCACGAGAGGCAGUGGGACCAGGAGUGUUUGCCAGAGUCCUUGCAAGCAGCAACACACGGCCAAUGCAUGACACGGCGGC